CUAGCUACUCAGGAGGCUGAGAUAGUCCCUAGGCUCACCUAAUGAGAAAUGUUCCAUCCAAGGCCCUGAGUUUGGCCACAGCUGACAGGAGCCCUGGGCCAGGUGCAAUGGCAGAGAAGGUCCUGGUCACAGGCGGGGCCGGCUACAUUGGCAGCCACACAGUGCUGGAGCUGCUGGAGGCAGGCUUCUCACCCGUGGUCAUCGACAACUUCCAUAAUGCCAUCCGCGGAGGGGGCACUCUGCCUGAGAGCCUGCAGCGGGUACAGGAGCUGACUGGCCGCUCUGUAGAGUUUGAGGAGAUGGACAUCUUGGACCAGGCAGCCUUACAAUAUCUCUUCAAAAAGCACAGUUUUAAAGCUGUCAUCCACUUUGCUGGGCUCAAGGCUGUGGGCGAGUCAGUGCAGAAGCCUCUGGACUACUAUAGAGUUAACCUGACAGGGACCAUCCAGCUUCUGGAGAUCAUGAGGGCUCAUGAAGUGAAGAACUUGGUGUUCAGCAGCUCAGCUACUGUUUAUGGGAACCCCCAAUACCUGCCCUUGGAUGAGGCCCACCCAACCGGGGCUUGUACCAACCCUUAUGGCAAGUCCAAGUUCUUCAUUGAGGAAAUGAUCCGGGACCUGUGCCGAGCAGACAAGACCUGGAAUGCAGUGCUGCUGCGGUACUUCAACCCCACCGGUGCCCACGCCUCCGGCCGCAUUGGCGAGGAUCCCCAGGGCAUUCCCAACAACCUCAUGCCCUAUGUCUCCCAGGUGGCCAUCGGACGGCGGGAGGCCCUGAAUGUCUUUGGUGAUGAUUAUGCCACAGAGGAUGGCACCGGGGUCCGGGACUACAUCCAUGUUGUGGAUCUGGCCAAGGGCCACAUCGCAGCCUUGAAGAAGCUGAAGGAACAGUGUGGCUGCCGGAUCUACAACCUCGGCACGGGCACGGGCUACUCGGUGCUGCAGAUGGUCCAAGCCAUGGAGAAGGCCUCAGGGAAGAAGAUCCCAUACAAGGUGGUGGCACGGCGGGAAGGCGAUGUGGCAGCUUGUUACGCUAACCCCAGCCUGGCCCAUGAGGAGCUGGGCUGGACAGCAGUGUUGGGACUGGACAGGAUGUGUGAAGAUCUGUGGCGCUGGCAGCAGCAGAAUCCGUCAGGAUUUGGGGCGCAGGCCUGAGGAACUUCCCCUGCCAUGGACCAGGAAAGGAAGAGAAGCAGCUGCCUGUUCUGCGGCCUCCCAGCCUCCUGCGGGACACAUCACCCUGAAGCUCUGGGGCCAAGCUGAGGCUAUCCUACCUCAAACCCAAGCAGGGUCCAGUCAGCCCUCCAGGCAACAGGCCACCGGCUCCACUGACGGGGAGCUCCUGCAGGACCACCCGAGGGGCGGAGGAGGCGGGGCUCCCGGACCACACACCUCCCAGGCACUGAUGCAGACUGCCACAGGGGGGUUUUCCUAAGUAU